CGGGUAAUUUGUCCCCCACACCUUCCUUUCCUUCCGUGUGGAUCAGUCAGGGAAUUAGCCGUCCUCCUGUCCCGCUGCUCGCGCGCAAUAAGCCCAACGCUUCUUCUUCUUCUUGCGCGCGCGGAUUGUCCACCAUCAUCUCAGCCCCCCUGUGAAAUAUCUCAUCGUCGUUUUUAUAUAUGUCUCCAUAACGAAGCACAGUUACUCCGCGGACAUUGAGGGAUGAAACGAAAAAGGACGAACAGCCUUCAUCACAGCAAUGAGUGAGUCAUCGACUCUUCACUCAGCGAAGCUAGUUUCAUUAGCACGAUCCCUGUCUGGGUUCACACUCGAUCCUGCCAACGGAGGCCUUACCAACACCCCUGAGGAUAACGAGCCCCCGCCACCGGAGUCUGGGAUCGACCUAGGACCUGGCCUGUUUUUUGCUGAUGGCAAGAGGAAAGUAGAUUAUGUGCUUUGCUACAAAUACAAAAAAAGGCGUUCGUCUAGAGGGCGUCUUUCCAUUUCAUCCAACGGGGCUGUUCCACUAGUAAUACCACUUCGGCCGGAAACUGAAGCAGAGUCUGGUACGGCGGGUGCUGCAGCAGGAGAUGCAGAGGAGUCAAAGCUGUCUGAGGAGGAAAAGGUUUUGAUGAGGGAGGAGUUUGAAGCAGGACUUCUAGAGGCCGGAUUGCAGAUUGAGCGAGAUAAAGAGAAGCCAAGCGGCUUAUGUUUCAUUCGGCUUCACAUUCCGUGGUCAAUACUCAGUCGGGAAGCAGAGCUACAGAAGAUCAAAGUUGCUGUGAAAAAGAAAUGUGAAUUGCGGAGGCGAACCGGUAUCGCUGGAGUGUGGGAUUCUGUUGUUGCCAAACUGAACAAACCGUUUCAGCCUGAUGUCCCAGACAUCGACAUCCACAGAGACUCUCAGUCACGCAUCCGUUUCAAAACACUCAAACAUCCUUUCAUCAGAGACAAGCUCCACCUAUAUGAUAUCAAAUCCACAGCAGCUUUGUUUGACAAUGCAACACGAAGCAGAAUAGUUGCUGAGAUUAUUUCCCGCACUACCUGCACUCGCACCUGCCAAACCACUGGCAUUAACUCGUUACUGGCUCGGGGAGUUUAUGAUUCGGCCUUCCCUCUCCAUGAUGGAUCGUUCACAAGAAGAGGGCGAAAAGAUCAGCUAAAUGACAGACAGAUCCUCCAUGAAGAAUGGGCCAACUAUGGAGUCAUGUUCAAAUAUCAGCCUGUUGAUCUGAUCAGGAAGUACUUUGGAGAGCAAAUUGGGUUGUAUUUUGCCUGGCUGGGUGUUUAUACUCAGCUCCUUAUCCCUCCCUCAGUGCUGGGCAUCAUUGUCUUUCUGUAUGGCAUCUUUACUGUAGAUACCAAUGUGCCAAGUCGGGAGACGUGUGAUGAAAACCUGAACAUCACAAUGUGUCCACUGUGCGAUGCUGUGUGUGACUACUGGCGGCUGACCAGCGUGUGUUCUCUGGCCCGGGCCACAUACCUGUUCGACAAUGGAGCUACUGUCCUCUUUGCUAUUUUCAUGUCUCUGUGGGCUGCGUGGUUUCUUGAGCAUUGGAAGAGGCGACAGAUGUGUCUGAGGCAUACAUGGGAUCUGACGAGUUUGGAGGAUGAGGAGGAGCGAGUUCUGGAUGAACUGAGGCCUGAAUAUGAAGAAGCUCUUCAAAUGAAAAAAGCUAAAAUGAAGGCACAAGCCAAAAAAAAGCUGACUCAAGCUGGAGGAGGCGUAGAUGGAGAGACAGAUCAGAUGCUGGCCUCACAGCAAGAACCAGAGUCGCUGGAUGUUGAGGAUCAUCUGCCAGGUUACCUCAUCAACGUGUCCACCUUGUUACUGCUGAUGUUUGUGACCUUCUCGGCAGUGUUCGGGGUGGUAGUUUACCGAAUCUGCAUGUUAAGUGUGUGGUCCAUGAACCCAGAUCCUGAAGCCAAGGCCCGAGUCAGGAUGACGGUCAUCACCACAGGCAUCGUCCUUAACAUGCUGGUCGUUCUGGUGUUGGAGGAGGUCUAUGGAGCAAUCGCUGUCUGGUUGACUGAGCUUGAACUUCCAAAAACAGAGGAGGAGUUUGAAGAGAGGCUAAUCUUUAAGUCAUUCUUCUUAAAAUCUAUGAAUGCCUUCGCACCUUGUUUCUAUGUUGCCUUCUUCAAGGGCAGGUUUUCUGGGCGACCCGGUGAUUAUGUUUACAUCUUUGGAGACUAUCGUAUGGAGGAGUGCGCGCCUCCAGGCUGCCUCAUUGAGCUUUGCAUUCAGCUCAGCAUGAUCAUGCUCGGAAAGCAGCUCAUUCAAAACAACGUGUUUGAGAUUCUCAUACCUAAACUGAAAAAGAUGUACAGAACAAUACAGGAAGAAAAAGGGAAAAAGAGGGCAGCAGAGGACGAGGAGAAUGAGCAAGAGGAGAAAAGACCAAAGCAACAAUUUGACAAAGAUUUCACCCUUGAACCAUUUGAGGGGGUUAGCCCGGAGUACAUGGAAAUGAUAAUCCAGUAUGGAUUUGUGACACUUUUUGUGGCUUCCCUCCCACUGGCACCUGCAUUUGCUUUACUCAACAACGUCAUUGAGAUUCGCCUCGACGCUGCCAAAUUUGUCACCGAGAUCCGGCGACCCGACGCUGUCAGAUGUAAAGAUAUAGGGAUUUGGUUCGACAUUCUGUGUGGAAUCAGCAAGUUCUCUGUCAUUACCAAUGCGUUCGUCAUCUCCUUCACUUCGGAGUUUGUUCCCCGAAUGAUUUACCAGUACAUGUACAGUGUAAAUGGCUCCAUGAGUGGCUAUACAGAGCACUCGCUGUCCUACUUCAAUGUCAGCAACUUUCCUGUUGGCACAGCACCAAACACCACACUCCUCACCGGUGUCACCAUGUGCAGGUAUAAGGACUACAGAGAUCCGCCUUGGGCACCAGAUGCCUACACCUUCUCCAAACAGUACUGGUCUGUGCUCGCUGCUAGACUGGCCUUUGUGAUCUUCUUCCAGAACCUCGCCAUGUUCCUCAGCAUGUUGGUUGCUUGGAUGAUCCCAGAUGUACCACGUUCCCUGCGGGACCAGCUGAAGAAGGAGAACAUGGCAUUGAUGGAGUUCCUGCUUGAUCAUGACAAAGAAGCAUGUGCCAAAGCUCAAUCCCCACAACGCCCAGUCCCCUGCUUUCCUGCCAACAUAGACAUCAUAGUGGAUGCUGCACUGGAAGAAGAUGACAUGUGCCAAGCAGUGGAAGAAGAGGAAGAACUGAAGGUUGAGAUCAAUAUGGAUGAACUAGGAAGGUCUGGUGACAAUAACGCAGAGGUUGGGAAGUUAUUAGAAGAAGCUGAAGAUAAAAGCCAAGAGGAGCAACAAGGCAAAGGAGGUGAUGAAGGUGGUGAGGAGGAAGGAAAUGAAGACGUUAAGGAAGAACGUGAAGAAAGGAGCAACGAAGAAGAGAGAGAGAUGGAAGAAGGAGGAACGCAGGGAGAGGAAAAUAAAGAUGAUGCAGCUGAGGAGAAUUUUACCGUAGAUCUGGACGACUUCAUGCUCAAACUGGGCUUGUUGGAAGAGCCAUCAUCAAGCACAUCUAUAGAUAUUGAGCUUCCCCGCUCAGACUCCACACAAGAACAUCAGAGAGAGAAGAAACAUCCUUCAUCAGCAAGAGGCUCAAUCCAAAGCCUGAAAGGCUCCAGGACAGACUUUACAUCAUCAAAUGUUGAAACUAGGAUGUUCUCACUAAUUGCUCCUCCUCCCAGAGCGCCAGACUCAAAAGUCAAGUCUCGCUGCUCCACCCUUCCUUCUCGCUACAGAGGGGCCGAGGCUUGUUACAGCCUGCCUCGGCCCUGCCUCUCCACCAGCCUCACUAAGCUUCAGCAGCAGGGCACGCUUCUCCCCCUCGUUCCUUUGGCCUCUUCUCAACCCACGUCGAACAAAUCAUCGUCUUCCCUGCACACGCCCGCUUCACCGUCGUCUCCGCAGCCGAGCCGAGCGGCCCGACAGCCCCAAGCCUCACCUGAACUCUUUGCCCUGAAAGGCCCUCCGCCUCAGCUGCCACGAUCCAGGGGGAAAACCCGGUGCUCGACCUUGCCUCCACGACAGAGAGCGCCCGGCACCGAGGAGCUAACCGCAAGGCCUAGCCAUUCCACCAGCUGCACAAAGCUUGAAGAGCGCAUCCCACCUUCUCCCAGUGAGCUGAAGCGCAACAGCAGACCAGUAUGAGGAGAUCUGCAGACAGAGAGACAGAGGACUGCGAGGAUUAGCCUCUCAUGUUUGUGCCUGGGGCUGCAUCCUUUCUGCUGUCCUCUUUACCUGCAUUUACUAUAAAGAGAGACCGUGUUUUUUUUCCAUCUUUUUUUUCUUUACAAUUUUACCAAUAUUUAUACUAAUAUUUAUACUAACUAUGGUUUAGGACUGACGAGUUCAGAGACUGGUUGCUCAGAACUUUUUGCCAUGAAGACCCCAUUUUGACUUGGUUUUAUUAUUUUUUGGGAGUAUGUUUUAUUUGUUUUGGUUGUUUGUUUAUUUGUGUGUGUUGAUUUGUUGUGCCCUCAGCCAGGUCUUAGUAGUCUCAGCUUUUCUUGUUAUUUUCUCUUCUUUUUUAUGUUACAUCUAAUAUUCUCACACUUGCAGCAACGCUAACCAGUUCAAAGUGAUGAAAUCCACAUCACUGCCCAGAAUCAAUUGUUAGGCUUUUAACUAGUUUUAUUUCAGAAGGUUUGAUAUUUAGAUGAAAGAUUCAAAGGUCCAAUAAAAGAACCACAUGUU